AUGGAUUAUUCAAAAUUCUUGAGCGAACGUAGCAAACUCAGACAACCAUCAGCAACACGAGCUUUGGCCCCUUUUCUUCAUCAAAAAGACUUGAUAUCUUUAGGUGUAGGUCAGCCUAAUCCUGAUACCUUUCCUUAUGCCAGCAUGAGUGUUACAUUAAAGACAGGAGAAACAUUAAAUAUUGAUGAGCAAUUGUUCAGCCGUGCCUUGUCUUAUGAUAAUACUCAAGGGCUACCGCACUUGAAUGAAUGGUUGUGCCAACUUCAAAAAAUCGAACAUAACCCACCUGUAGAUUUCACACUCUCUAUCGGUACAGGCUCGCAGGAUCUUCUUACAAAGACCUUCGAAAUGUUACUGAAUGAAGGCGAUCCAAUUCUGAUAGAGAGCCCUUCCUACACUGGUUGUUUAUCCUUUCUCAAAACUCUCAACUGUAACUUUGUAGAUGUCAUGACAGAUGCCUAUGGUAUCAUACCCGAACAAUUGGAAAAGAUCCUGGAGGCCUGGCCUGAAAGCGAUCCUAGCGGUAGACAAAACCAGCCAAAACCUCGCUGCUUGUACACCAUUCCAAGCGGAGGUAAUCCCACUGGCGCGACAUCAACAAUAGAGCGAAAACGAGCCAUUUACGAUAUUUGUCACAAGCAUGAUAUAAUUAUUAUUGAAGACGACGCCUAUUACUACCUUCAAUUUACAGUUGAGCGAGUGCCUUCUUACUUGUCCAUGGAUGUCGAUGGUCGUGUCGUUCGCUGCGAUAGCAUGUCAAAAAUUCUCUCUUCAGGUUUAAGAUUGGGCUGGGUUACAGGUCCUAAACCUCUCAUCGAACGAAUCAACCUACAUACCAUGGGUACAAACCUUCAGCCUUCUGGGAUUCCUCAAGUGAUGGCCUAUCAACUUCUUGCCCAUUGGGGUCACGAAGGUUUCUUUCAUCAUGUGAAGAAUGUAGCAGCCUUUUACCGACAGAAACGAGAUGACUUUGUGGAGUGUUUAGAUCGUCAUAUGAAAGGACGCGCAACAUGGGCCGUUCCCUCUGCUGGCAUGUUUUUCUGGGUGCGGCUCCUCGGUGGUAUUAACGAUUCCGAGGACCUCAUUAUGAACAAAGCAUUAAAACAGAAGGUGCUGGGCCUCCCUGGUGUCAAGUUCAUGCCUCAUGAAAGCAAAACAGAAUAUAUUCGACUGUCUUAUAGUAAUGUCUCAAAGGAAAAUAUGGAUGAAGCCCUUCGUAGAUUAGCAUUGGUGAUUGACCAAGAGGCUGAAGUGAAUGGACUCAAAAUAGAAGACUUGGGCCGCUCGGAUCAAUAG